AUGGUGUGGAAGGAUCUCGACGCGACCCCGAGGGUUCUUAGGGUCCGUAAUCCCGAUCUCAGUGAGGCCGAAGCAAGCGUUUCUUCUCGAAAUACCUCAGCAAAGACCCGGAGUUUUUCAAUUCGAUCAAUUUCGGGUUCAUGGUCUUCGAUUUGGGGCAGAGAAAGCACAUCUCGCUCGCACACCGAUUUCAGCCAAGGCUCAGCUUCAUACGGUUGCGUCCCCUUUCCAUCUCUUCUCUCAAAUCAUCACACAGCCAUCCAACAUCCCCACAAGAGGUUUCCCAUUGACGGAGAAAGCAAGCCUCUUACUUCGCGCAGCGACGCGUCCUCAAUUUCUCGCCUUCCCUCAACUCAUCACACAAUUCACAAUCACAAGACGGCUUGCCGCCCAAUUUCUUCAAUCCACAGACCUGACAAGCGUCUUGCAAAGCCUCUAGCCUUGCUGGAGCAGUCUGAACCAUCUCUACGCAUUCGCAAGACCUCACUUUCAAAACCCAACCCAAAAGGCAUCUUCCGCCGCGUUUUCUCUCGAGUUAUGGCUUCCAACACCAAUCUUCCUGCCGAUCUUCCUCACGAUGAUGAACUCCCCAUCACUGAACCCUUGCCGAGUCAGCCCUUGAUGCGUCCGGUGAUGGCAAACUACCCCUCUAUCAAUGGGAUGCUGGGCUCUCACCGCCUCGAGACCGGAGAAUCGAGCACAUACGCGGCUUGUCGCCCGCCCUUGAACAAUGCUACGACCGAGAUUUUGUCAGGAAGGACGAGUCCUAACACGGUGAUGAGUAACAGGACGCAAGCGACUUCUUACUCCGGCAUGUUUCGAAACCCUGGUCCACAGUUCUACGAACUUCUGAAUCCAAAUCCUUUGCUCGUACCACCACCCUCUAUCUAUUCUGGACCUCCAUCGAUCUCGGCUUCCAAGGCGUCGUUGAUUCGCCAGGAGCUUACCAAAUUCAAUGGCGCACGCCUACCCAGCAUUGGCGCUCUCAACGUAGAGACCUACUCUUUCGCAGUCCUUGAGAAUGCUUCGAGAUACAGAGCCACGGCAUAUGCCAUCUUCGAUAUCGCGGCUUACGAGCAGAACGCUUUUCAUUAUCACAGCAGUGUCAAUCCCCACAUCCCCGGUCCACCAUACAGCGUUGUCCAGAACUAUCCAGGCUUUCUUCGCGACCUCAGCAUCGACAUAUCUGUCAUUGGUCCUGCCGUGAAAGUUACUCACAUUGGCCUACCUAGCCUUUCCUACUUGAACAAUCUUGAUCGCUGGGUCGUGGUCGUGUAUCUGAAAAUCAAUGAUACGAGCCUCUCUUCCCGGCUGUCGACAUCUAUGCGGUCAAAGGAACAGUCUGUGAGCAGAAGCGAAAGAUCUCCCGCAAUGGCUCUUGUUGAUCACUUUCUUGAUGUCCUUAAAACGGACAAAGAAGAUGAACCUGUGGUGGUUUCGGCUGUGAUCAAGUAUCGACAUGCUUUCCUCCCAACAGACACCAAGCUGGAGACUCGCGCCGCCAUGGCAAUCGACGUCCGAGCCGAAGUUGAGACCGGCGCCAUGAAACAGGCCGUUUGUGCGGAUUAUAACGAGGUUGCAACUGCUAUCCUUUCCGUGCUUGAUCCUGGCCUCGACGACCUUGUGCUGUCCACAGUACGCCCAUCGAGCCAUCAGCAGUACCCUGUCAUCGCUGCCGCCGAUGGUCUGAGGCUCUUGCAGGACUUCCAUGGUCUUUUCGGCUUUGGCAACGCCGGAUACGUGAACCUGGACCUCGGCGCGUUGGAGGGAUACUACCUCGACGCUGUAAAAGACGAGCCUAGCGCUCGCAAGUCGGCCUCUCUCGUCCGCUCUCUGCGCCUCGGCGCCAGAACCGUGGUCAAGAAGCUGUCGCCAAAGAAGAACUAG